AACUUUGCUAACUGGCCCGGUGUUGUCAAGCACAAGCUAACGUAGUCUUCUAAACGGUCAUCUGUUUCCAGAUUGUCAGUCACAAUAAUCAUGUCAUUUAAACGGGAAGGGGACGACAAGAGUCAGUUAAACAUCCUGAAGAAACGUCGCGUGGCCGAUCUGCUGUCACAUUUUAUACCAGAAGAUGAAGGAGCUCUUCUGAAGAAUGGAAGAUACACCUGUCUUGUGUGCUCCUACCGCCCAGUGUUUGAUACUGUUGAUAUGCUCACCGUCCACCGGAAGGGGAAACGGCAUCUAGAAGGACUAAAGUCAUUUUAUGGAAAGAAAGCGCGUUUGAAGAAUGAAAUAACAAAAAGGCAACAUGAGAACUACGUCCAGGCCGAAGACGAGAGACAGGAGCCGUCCUCUUCAGCCCCUUUACUGGCACAAACACGAAGGCUGACACAUCAUGCAUUACUGAAGACUGUACCGUACAGCAGCUGCCAUAGGACGACCAGCACAAAAUCUGAUAAAGGACAUCAGAGCAUCAACACAGCGUCUGAUCCAGAAGGAGAGCGCGGGGAACCUGAAAGUUCAGACCAUUUAUCACAGAGAGGUUGUAGUGAGUGCUCUGCAGCCGAUGAAGCGUCACAUCAAUCAGAAGAGACGAAAGCUUCUGUGGCUGCUGGGACUCAGGAGGAGCAGCCUUUAACAGCUGAGAGGAGGAAAGAGCUGGAGCAUUACCUCAAACUGAAAAGUGAUGGAUGGUUACGAGACCGGAGCGGCCAGUGGGUUAAAGACGAGAAUGUGGAGUUUGAUUCAGACGACGAGGAGCCUCCUUCGCUGCCCUCCCUCCCUACAAAUCACUGAGAGGACAAAGAGCUGUGGGAGGACACAUAUGGACUCGUGCCACGGUGGCCGGACCUCCAGGCUCAAAGACUUGCUUUACCAGAUCUGUAACAUCCAUCAGCCUUUGAGUGUUUGCUUUUUCUCCUGCUCUUAUUUAACUCUGGGAACAACAUGAACUCACAACAUGAACUCAGCUGUUAAUGCCUCUAUUGUGUCCUUAAACCAGCUCUCUUUUAAAGGGAAAACUCCAAAGGGUGCAAAAAAUUAAGCCAGGAGGCUCCAAGAAAACGAUCCUGUGAUCCUGAUUUAUUGCUUCAGUGAACAUUUUCCUAAUCAGUUUAUGUUCUCAGCCUCUUGUUUCAGGUCGUCUUCGAUGCAGCACGAUGCUCUCUUUGUAAAUAUUUGUCCCUUUAACUGUAAAAGAGACGAUAAAUGAGGGUAGGUGUAAAAAUAAAAGUCUUCCUGUGACUGAGAGGUCACCGCCACAGUGAAUUCACCUUCUCAGUGUUCAGUUUACUUCGGGACACUUAGGAGUUUUCUGUAAUUAUUAGAUGUUAUAUCUCACAUGUCCCAUGCCUUCACCGGAGGUGGGCCAGGUUGGGUUCGUAUCUGAAGGCAGACGACAACAGGGCUUCCGCUAUGGAAGGAAUUCACGCUGUUGGACUUUCUCUUUUUUCUGCUGUGGAUAUGUUUUGUUUGUCCUGCAUCUGUAUGCAUCGUGCUUGGAUGUGCGUUCUCUGAUUGAGGCGUAAACAUGUUUGAGGUACUAUUAACAUGUUUACAAGUCUUAUUUGGAAAAUAACAAUAAAUAAACUGUGUCUACGUCAA